AUGUAUGACAUCAAUCAAUUCUAUCCUACCGACCCGAUCAGCAGACAGGCAAAGAAAAGGAUAUUUGUGAAGGAAGCAUGUGGUUUGACCCGACGACUGGUGACAAAGAAACAAGAUGUUUGUGGACUGAAGAAGGAAGGAAGGCUUUAUCUGAUUGAAUGGGACAACAACCGGAAACCUAGGAGUUCUCUAGGAAACGAUUUAGCACUUAGUUCUUUCGAGAGAAAAGUAUUGAAGGACCCUUGGAAUGUAUGGCACAAGCGAUUUGGACAUAUUUCGGAACAAGCCAUUGAGAAACUUCAGGAAGCAACAAAGGGUGCAAUUGUUACUUCAUCAAGGGCGUUAGGCAGAAAUGAAGAAGGAUUCAAGGAGAAAUGCGAGAUUUGCGAACUUACCACGUCCAACACGACCAUUCCAGAAAGUAUAGAAGGAUAUGAAUGA